GGAUGAGUAAGUAGGGCAGCGGACCAGAAACGUGUUUGCUAAAAAGAGGCCGCCGUCUGCGACUCAUCAGCAUCGUCUUGUGUGCGCCGCGCUUUUGUCGCCAGCCUUGUUGUUCAGCUCGCAAAGCGCCUCGCUGCCACUUGGUUGACCCCUCCUCCAGCGCUUCGCUUCAUCGCGCCUGCCCCAGCGAGCUCCCAUCCAGUCGACAGUCUACGCUAGGAAGAAACAUCUGACUACUGACGUACUCUGCACGUCUGAACACGGGUGUACGAGGCACACGAGCUCGUGAUAAGUAAGCAGAGCCUGUGGUUCUAGAAGGAACCGCUUCAUCAUGGCCUAUAAUCGCGGCUACAACCCGGAUGCCUUGCCUGCACACGCCGAACCCGAACAAGCUGCGCAGAUGCUGAACAACGGAGCGCCCCCGCGACGAGAUCCUCCGGGAUCCAACACGAACUACAACAAGCCUGUGCCACCUGCUCCUGCGCCGGCGCAAAAUCUGAGGCCUCAGCAGGAUGAUCGCUAUGGGCGACAGAGUCCUGCGGCCGGUGGCUACAGGGAUCCCCAACCUCCAGGCGCGUACGGCUCUUCGAACCCACCACCACCUCAGAACCAGGGCUAUAAUGACUAUGGAAGAGGGAACUCGCCGCGAUACGAUCAGUACAAUCAGCAGUCACGGUACAGUGGCCAAGGACAGCAGGGCGGAUAUGGAUCAGCUCCUCCGCAACAAGGAUACGGACAGGCACCUCCGCCGCCGCGGAGUAGCUCGACUACAUAUGGAGGUAUCACUUCGCCUCCGCCAGCGAGCUAUGGGCAAGGACCUCCGCCGCAAGGCUAUCAUAACAGGCCAGCAAUUCCAGAGCAUCAGCGACCGCCGACGGUAGCUCCACCACGGGACGGAAACGAUCGAGAUGCCCUUUGGCCUUUGUUUUUGCAAGUGGACAGGAACAGGACUGGUCAGCUCUCUGAGGCCGAGCUCUCGAGUGCACUGGUCAAUGGCGACUACACGGCUUUCGAUCCCCACACUAUCAAGAUGAUGAUCCGCAUGUUCGACACCGACAGAAGCGGGACUAUCAACUUCGAUGAAUUCUGCGGCCUGUGGGGCUUCCUUGCAGCAUGGCGCAACCUUUUCGAUCGCUUCGAUAUAGACCGUUCCGGAAAUAUCUCACUCCGCGAGUUCGAAGAUGCGCUGGUGGCCUUUGGGUACAGACUUUCACCCCAAUUUGUGCAACUCUUGUUCAAUACCUAUGCGCAGACCAGGAGCAGAGGCAGAGGCGAUGAACGAGAGCGCGAGAAGUGUCUCGGAUUUGACGUGUUCGUCCAGGCGUGCAUCAGUUUGAAGAGAAUGACCGAUGUCUUCAAGAAGUACGACUCUGACCGGGAUGGAUAUAUCACUCUGAGCUUCGAGGAGUUCUUGACAGGUGCGCAAAGCCUCUUCUUGUUCAAUUCGAUUUCGCCGCAGACGGACACUGGCCUGUAUUGAGGAGUCGCAUGCUGACGGCUACGGAAGAAAUUUUGAAGCAACGCUGAAAAAGGCAAGUGAAGUCUCACAUGGUCGAGAGGAAGGCACGCCCAACACUGAAGUCUUGGCACAACCACUUCCGCAAGCACAAAACACGAGCUAUUGAGGCGACGGACAGUGACCACAGUCUCGUACACGUGUCACAUCACGCAUGACUGCCCGUCAAGCAUCUGUCCAUGGAGCAUAUCAGGCACGCGCCUAAGGAGUGUGAAAGGGUAAAACAAGCAUGGCCCGUGAAAGCAUGGUAAGGAGGAGACGCGAUCGAUACCCAUGAUUUAUGCAGCAUUUUGUUAUGAGCCCUACGAUAUAUAUGUGGACAGCCAGUUCUGUAAAUGAUGCUUUUCAGCCCGAGUGGGCUUCGAGUCGAUGGACCAGGGCAUUUUGUCUCAGACAAAUCUCUGCUGCGCACUUCUGGCCAUGGCCGAGCGGAUGAGCAGAGAAUGUCCAAUGCCUCCGGAGAAAGACGUGCUUUCUGGUGGGUGCUGGCGCAUGUGCUUCCAAGGGGAUCUGAAACCAUUCGGAGCGGAUACCACGAAUUUUAGCAGGAAGGCUCGUGAAGCUUGGCGCAAAUUCAAUCUUUCAUUCCUGGGCGUUUGUGCCUGCAU